UGGAAAACGUCGUGUGACCUGCGAAAGGUUUAAUUUUCAUCGAUAAUUCUGCAGAUUGGGGGUCUGUUUAUCUCCCUAAAGAUGAACGCGGAGGUAGAAUUUCAUAUCAGAAACAAUUAUCCGUGGGCGAAAUUGCCAGCAAAUAUCAAACAGGUCCUUGGACAAUCACAGAAAGAGUAUGAGAAACUUGUCGUCAACUUCAGUGUCAAGAACCAGUUGCGAUACAAAGGAAAUCUUGUACGCAACGUGCGACGAGAUGAGAAAAAAUACUACGAGGAAUUGCUGAAGUACAGCGCAGACCAUCUGAUCCUGUAUCCCUAUCAUCUGUCUGAUAUCAUGGUGAAGGGGCUACGGAAUACUCCCUUCUCGUACUACAUGAGGAUGAUGCAUGGAAUCAUGUUGGGAGAGAAGAGUUAUGAUUCACUGCCAAACUUCACAGCUGCUGAUUGUCUAAGGCUCCUGGGUAUUGGACGAAACCAGUACAUUGAUAUUAUGAACCAGUGCAGGUCUUCCAAGCCUUCUUUAAGUCGAAGUGGAAGCUUUAAUAAAUUCUUCCGUCGUCGACCAAUCAAAGAUCUUUUGCCAGCCAAGCCAAUUGACGCUGUUAUCCUGGAGCCUUGGUGGAUAGUUCAGGCUGGAUACAUCACUGAAGAUGACAUCAAGGCAGUGUCCGUGACAGAGAAACAUGCUAUCGAUAAAAUAAUAGAUGUUGGACCUCAACUUUCUGGAACAUUGGACUACUACGUUGUACACAAGUUGUACACAAAAGGACUAAUCUAUAUGGACGUACCAAUAGAAGAUGACGAUUGUAUAGUUGUUCCUCCGCUGGAGGGCUUCGUCAUGAACCGUCUUCAAGGAGAUUACUUUGAGACACUCCUCUAUAAAAUAUUUGUCUCUAUUGAUGAACACACAACUGUAGCUGAG